UCUCGCCGAUGAUGAUGAUUCCCCACGAGUCGCAGCGUUCGCAAUGGAGGGACAGCGGAGCAGUAGAAACCGCAAGAGCGCGAAGCGGAGCAGAGCUCAAAGCAACGAGCGAAACCGCGAUGCCAAGAAGAGCAAAUCGGAGUCGCCUUCUAGUUCUAGCUUCCUGGAAAAGAUGAAAGCGAGGCUGUCCGGUGGGCAUUUUAGGAUGAUCAACGAGAAGCUAUACACUUGCACCGGAGAAGAAGCACUUAUCUAUUUUAAGGAGGACCCAUCACUAUUUAAUGUGUAUCAUGCUGGAUAUCAGGCUCAAAUGUCUCAAUGGCCUGAACAGCCAGUUCAAAAGAUAAUAGAAUGGCUUCAAGGUCACAGUCCUUCUUUGACUGUGGCUGAUUUUGGCUGCGGAGAUGCAAGGGUAGCUAAAAGUGUGAAGAACAAAGUCUUCUCAUUCGAUCUUGUGUCAAAUGAUCCUGAUGUGAUUGCCUGUGAUAUGUCAAAUACAGGCCUCGACUCUUCAUCUGUUGAUGUUGCUAUCUUCUGUCUUUCCCUCAUGGGGCUUAAUUACCCAAAUUUCCUUAAGGAAGCACACAGAGUUCUCAAACCAAGUGGAUGGCUUCUUAUAGCAGAAGUAAAGAGCAGAUUGGAUCCAAAAACUGGGGGAGCGGAUCCUACUAAGUUCAUAAAAGCUGUUUGCGAGCUAGGAUUUACCCCAGUGUCAAAGGACUUCACGAAUAAAAUGUUCGUUCUAUUUUACUUUAAAAAGCAGUUUUUUUUGUAGGAGAAGCCAAGUUCAAAGCGGAAGGAAAUUCAGUGGCCAGAGUUGAAGCCUUGUAUAUACAAGCGUCGGUGAUGUCAAAGCUUUUGAUCUCUAAUUGUCGUUCAAGAGUGACGUAUGUUUUGUCGUGCAUUAUGGCUUAUGUCACUCUUGACCUGUGGUACAUACUUAUGGAAGUCGUAGGCAAUCUGAUAUGCAGUCGGAUUCUUUUUAUCUCGAGGUUUUGUCCUUGCAAGGAUUGAGGCCGGAAAAAUUGAGUCGGUUUUAAUUUAGUCGAGCGUGAAAAACGGUAGCUUUUUGGUGCAAGAAGUGAAUCUGCCAGUGGCUCUGUAUUCUUAUGUCUACUUACAAUGCUAUAGAUUACACAUUACAGGUAAGAGUUAGGCUGCUCAGUUUAAUUUUUUUUUCUCUUCGGGUAUAGGAGAAAACAAUACUUAUAAAGUGCUCCAAUUAGAUGUGAAUUAUUGGCUAAUGGUUGGUAUAA